UGCAUGCUUUUGCGAGGUGUUCGAGACAGAGAGAAGCCGAAGAAGGCGAUAGAAUAGCGUCUCUCUGUCCAUUUUCAACAUUCACUUGUGCACUGUGCCCACUACAAAGUCCAGAGAAGUACAGUCUCCUGCCUUUAACGUCAGAGACUGGAGCUGGAAAAGAAAAAGAUAAUUUAUGGAGGGAGACGCAGGAAGAGGUUUGGAAUGCCAGAAGAUUAUGGAUGGGAAGGCGAGUGACAUGAGUGCUGCGGAGAAGGGAAUUCCUUCCUGUUGUUUGAAGGCCAAGGCGUCUGCUCCAGACGUUGAGGCGAAGUGUCAUUCUACUGUUGUUUCUGGGUGGUUCUCAGAAUCUCAGUCUUGCUCUGAAAAAUCUGGAAAAUAUGUUUAUUUCAACAACCCUAUGUGGCCAGGAGAAGCACACUCAAUCAAAGUGGAGAAAAUAUUGUACAAGGAAAAGUCAGACUAUCAAGAAGUCUUGGUUUUUGAGUCAUCAACAUACGGAAAAGUGCUUGUUCUUGAUGGGAUUGUUCAGUUGACUGAGAAAGAUGAAUGUGCCUACCAGGAGAUGAUAGCUCACCUUCCCCUUUGUUCAAUUCCAUCCCCCAAAACGGUCCUGGUUGUUGGUGGUGGAGAUGGUGGAGUUCUGAGGGAAGUGUCCCGCCAUAGCUCUGUGGAACACAUUGAUAUUUGUGAGAUAGAUAAGAUGGUUAUUGAUGCUUCAAAGAAGUAUUUUCCUGAUUUAGCUGUUGGAUUUGAAGAUCCUCGAGUACACCUUCAUGUUGGUGAUGCUAUUGAAUUUCUUCGACAGGCUUCAGAAGGGAAGUAUGAUGCUAUCAUUGUUGAUUCUUCAGAUCCUGUAGGUCCUGCCCAGGAACUAGUGGAGAAGCCAUUUUUUCAGACAAUAGCUAAGGCAUUAAAACCUGGUGGAGUUCUUUGCAAUAUGGCCGAAAGUAUGUGGCUUCACACACACCUUAUUCAAGACAUGAUCUCCAUUUGCCAGGAAACAUUUAAAGGCUCUGUUCAUUAUGCAUGGGCAAGUGUUCCAACAUAUCCGAGUGGCGUUAUAGGUUUUAUCCUGUGUUCCACGGAAGGGCCGCCUGUUGAUUUUAGAAACCCCAUCAAUCCCAUCGAGAAGGUGGAAGGCGCACUUAAGCACCAUAGAGAACUUAGGUUCUAUAACUCAGAGAUGCACUCAGCAGCUUUUGCCAUGCCAUCAUUUCUAAAGAGAGAGUUGAGUUUGGGUCGUGGCACCCCAUUGGCAACUGCUCGCUUUUAGGAGCACUCUGGUAUAAGAUAGAAAGUAUGGCGUGCGCGAAUAACUGAAUAUAUCUUGGAUGGCUUUUUAAUUUGAACCCGUAGAGCGGUGAUUCAGAUUGUAUCGGGGAUGCAUUGAGAAUUUUAAGAUAGUUGUUUCAUCUAUUUUAAUAAGGUACCGUGUUGAGGGUCAUCUGGUACCAUUUUAUGUUGGAGUUGAUUUGCAACUUCUUAAUUUAUGUGGACGCAAAUGCUAAAUUUCGUGAGCCGUGAAAGAGAAUACAAUAAUUUCGUCUCGUAUGGAAACUA